AUGUAUGGACUUAGAGCAAGCAAAAGAAGGUUUAAUUUAUUUUAUUUAGAAGAGAGUGAAUUAUAUACAGAAGACUUUAGUGGUUAUUGUAUUUACAAAAAUAUUCAUUCAAAAGAAGACCACAAAGAAAAAGGAAAAUUCCAUAUAUGCACAAAAAGUAUUAUUUUUGAAUCUGAUUCUCAUGAUAUUUCCUUAAUGAAAUUUAAUUAUAAAAAUAUGAUUAAAAUUCCAUAAUUAUCUGAUUCCUUUAAUGAAAAAAGAAAAUCAAUCAUUGAAUAAAAUCCUUAAACUUCAAAUAAAGAAGGUGUUUUUAUUUAGUUAAGCUUGAAUAAACUUAUUGAAAUAUAAACAAAUGGCCCACCUUCACCUUAUAUAAUUUAUGAUUUUGAAAAAGAACCAUUUUAUUUUAUUUAAAUAAUUCCUAUUUAUUAAGAUGUUUAUAAUAUUUAUGAAUGGAUAAGCAAAUUAUAUUAUGUUGUUAAACAAUCUUAAAAUAUUUUAUAUAAAAAGUUGAUUAUGGAUAGAAAUAACAAAAGUAAAUUUAAUAUGAGCCAUACUGAAAGUGUAAGUGAAAAACCUUUACUAAAUAGUUAGAUGUUUGUCAGAUAAAUACUACCUCUUUAAUCAGUAUACGGAAUUUUAUAUAUAACUGAUAAUAAUAUAUAUUUUUAACCAAUGCAUUCUAUUUCAACAAAACCUGUAAAAAUAAUUCCUAUAGAUGAAAUUUCAAGGCUUUAUAAAAGACGUUUUGAAUUAAGACAUAUAGCAUUAGAACUUAUGCUAAAUAAUAAAAAUAAAUCCUAUUAUUUUGCAUGUGAAGAUUAAUAAAAAAGAAAUUAAGUAUACAAUGCAUUAUUAGGAAAAGUACCAAUAUCAUGCAUAUCGGAACUUUCAUUAGAUAAAGUGACAUUAAUGUGGUAAAAUAAAAAAAUUUCUAAUUACGAAUAUUUAAUGAAUUUAAAUCAUGCAGGUAAUCGUUCAUUUGCUGAUCUUUCUUAAUAUCCAGUUUUCCCAUGGAUUUUGAAAAAUUAUGAUUCAGAAGAAAUCGAUUUAAAUGAUCCUCAUAAUUACAGAGAUUUAAGAAAAACUGUCGGAGAAUUUAAUCUCUAGAGAUUUAAAGAUUUUAAAGAUAGAUAUAAUGAAAUGCCUCCUCCUAAAUUUUUAUAUGGAACACAUUAUUCAACUCCUGGAUAUGUAAUAGGAUAUUUAGUCAGAAAUAAACCUGAAUACAUGCUAAAGCUUUAAAGCGGAAAAUUUGAUAAACCAGAUAGAUUGUUUAAAAGUAUAAAAGGAGAUUGGAGAAAUGUAAUGUAAAAUCCAACUAGUUUAAAAGAAUUAAUUCCAUAAUUUUUUGGAGAAGACGAUUCUUUUUUGAUUAACUAUAAAGAAUUAAAUUUCGGUAUUAGAUAAAAUGGUAAAAAAGUAGAUCAUGUAAAGCUACCAAAAUGGGCGAAAAAUGAUGCUAAAUUGUUUUUGAAAAUAUAAAAAGAAGCAUUAGAACAUGAUAUAGUUUCAGCUUAAUUACAUCAUUGGAUAGAUUUAAUUUUUGGUUAUAAAUAAAGAGGUCCACACGCUAUAGAAGCAAAUAAUGUAUUUCAUCCACUUACUUAUGAAGGAUAUGUAGAUCUUGAUUAAAUUUCAGAUCCUAUAGAAAGAUAAGCAUAAAGAUGUUAAAUUAAUGAAUUUGGACAAUGCCCAAAAUAGCUAUUUAAAAUUGCACAUCCUCCUAGAAAUAGCAACUAAUUGUAAGAAGAUAUAUUAAAAUAUGAUAUGAGUAUUAAAAGUGAUAAUUUUUAUGAAUAAUAAAAUUUAACAUAUUCUGAAAUAAUCAAUAAUAGCAAAUAUUUAUGGGAUAUUUCAGACAGAAAUUUAAUUGUGUAGAAUAUUUAAAAAGUUCACAAAAAACAUGUAACAUAAAUAAUAAAAUUAGUAAAUAAACCUAAUUAAAUAAUCAGUAUUGGCGAAGAUGGUUUUUUGAAAGUCUGUGAUUUAUAAAGUAAAUAAGUUAUUAAAAGUUUCAAAAUUUGUGAUCUUAAUCUUUCUAGUUUUGUAGUUUUAAAAGAAGAUGAAAUAUUCGCUAUAGGUUGCUGGGAUAAUAAAUUAUAUAUAUUUAAUUUAAAUUAUGGAUCCAAAAUCAAAAUUAUUAAAGCGCAUAAUGAAAGUAUAAGUAGUAUAGGCUAUUUAAAAUCUAAAUGUGUUCUUUUAACUGCUUCAUGGGAUUGUACAGUAAAAUCAUUCGAUUGUGAAGAUGGGAUUAUUAAUGAAACUUCUGAGGAUUUAUUUUGGGAUCAUGACUCGUAAAUAACAAAUUUAGCAAUAAACUAAUAAGAAAUCUAUGUUGCUGUCGGCGACGUAGAUGGAAAUGUUAUUAUAUUAGAUUUUAAAAAUAAAAAUAAGAUUGCUUCAUAUAAUAUAAAUGAUUAAUAAAUAAUUAAAAUAAUAUUUUCUAGAGGUCAUAUAUUUGUUGCAGGUGAUAGAACUGUAAAACAUUAUGAAUUAAAUAAAAUCAGUCAUUUUUAACUCGAAAAGUAAAAUGGCUAAAUAACUGAUAUAGAAAUUGAUGAAAAGCAUUUAAUUUUAAUUACUAAUAGAGGACACUUAGGUAUAUAUGAUUUAUUAUCAGAAAAAAAAAUAGGAUUUUAUUUUAACAAUUACAGUAUUGAAAAUGAGGAAGAAUUCCCUUCAGAUGACUAAUAAUUUAGCACUUUAACAACUUAAAAAGAUGAAAAUUAAAAUGUCACAGCUUAUAUAGGGUCUUUAAAUGGAUCCAUUAAUAUUAUUAGCAAAAUUUGA